AUGGAAACUGUCGUAACGUCAGUUUACAAUUUUUGGCGAGAUGUUGAAUUUAGUGAAUUACAAAAAAAUCUGGAGUCGGUAGCGUCUGAGCUGACCUCUAAUCAUGAGAAAAACGAUAUUUCGAGGACUAAUUUAGUACAUCAAACUAAAGAGUUUCGAAAAUCUGCUCCUGAAGAUGUACGUAAAUAUUCCUCUACCGUUAUCAAGUGUUAUCAGUUGGAGUUUGAUGCACUACAUAAAAGGUGUACGUAUGCUGAAGAGGCUUAUCUUUCCCUGUACAAACGACUUAUCGAACUUCCAGAUCCAUCCUUUGCACUCAGUGAACUAUAUUCUUUACAAAAACGAGCCGAUAAAGCUACAGAAUUUGAGUUUGAGUCGCGGAAAUUCAAAGAGAGCUGUGACGAAUUGAAAACCAAAGUUCAGGAACUCAAAAAUUGUGAACGCGAAAAUAAAUGCUUACAGAAACGCAUCGAUGAAUUGACUGUCUCUUUAGAUUCUCAAAUCCAGCUGAAUAGUUCAAAAAUAGUGGAUGAAUAUCAAAAAAAGUUUGAGUCCAAAGAGCAAGAGUUCGCUGUUUUCAAAGUCGAGGCCGAGGAAAAGCUUGGUAGCCUUGAAUCUAAAAAUGUGGCCAUUUCCAAAGCCCUGGAAAUGACACAGUCUGAAUUGUUCAGGCUUAAAACAGAGGUAAACACCACUAACACCGGCAGGUCUUCUGAACUUGAGUUACUUAUGGAUGAUCUUGAAAAAUCAAAUGCGAAACUUGCUUCUGCUGAAGCGGAGCUGGCUAAAUUACGCGAGGAUCGUGCGCUUGUUCAGAAUUCGCCAAUCUCAGAUAUUAGUCGACUUAAGUGUCGCAUCGAAGAGCUAGAGUUCGAAUUAUCCAGUAGUACUCAGCAAAAAUCAUCAUUACUCGAUCAGUUAGAAUCUCUCAAACUUUCAAAGUCAUCUAACGAAACAAUCUUGGAAAAUCGUAUUCAAGAGAUGGAGAAAACAAUUUCUCAAACCAAAGCUUCGCUAGAAGUAGCUAAUAUUAAGAUCGCCAGUCAAUCAGAUUAUGCAGAGAUUAAGCGAGAACUGUUUCUUUUACACUCGAUUGAAUUCCCUGAAGAUGUUCAGCUCAACGAAUCUGAUGGUUUUGGGAAAGAAGAAACAUCCACUCGUGCUCCAUUGGAAGUACUUCUUUUAAAAAAGAAUAAAUCAUUGGAGAAUCAGUUGGCUGAAGGAAAUUCUCUACGUGAUAAGCUACAAAUUGAACUUGAUCAAGUUCAAUCGAAUGAAGUUGAAUUAAAUCAAAGAAUUAAAGAGCAAACAGAAUUGAUAAAAUUGUUAGAAUCUGAUCUUUAUCGUCUGCAAACAAAUUUAGAUGAAUCGUUGAAGUUAAGUGAUUCAAGAAGUCGAUUGGAAGGUCACUUUCUUGCAGAAAUUAUGGGUGACCAAAAACCAAACCAAUACGAACAGUCCCUACUGAACGUUGUACAAGGUCAACGCGAUCGAUUUCGAAUACGAGCUGAAGAGUUGGAACAGAAUGAAAUAAAUUUACGGCAACAGUUGGCGUCACUUCAACGUGAAGUUGAAUCGGUACGAGCUGAUAACGUUAAGCUGUACGAAAAAAUACGUUUCUUACACUCUUAUGGUAGUCCCGUUGCGCAAAGCCGACAAAAUAAUUCAUCUAAUCACUAUCCUUCAUCACCAUUGUCUCCAUCACCUUGUCAGAGUCAUAAUUCAAAUGACGCGACUAUAAUCAAAUAUUCACAGGUCUAUGAAGCUCAGUUAAAUCCUUUUAAUCAAUUUAGUCGAUAUGAAAAACAACGAGUGUAUAAAAAGUUACGACCGUAUGAAAAACUGAUGUUGCAUUUGGGACGUUUUGUUAGCUCCGAUCGUCGACUUCGUUUGGGUGUCUUUUUGUAUGCAAUAUUCUUGCAUUUAUUCAUAUUUAUUGCAUUGUAUAAAGCAGCUCAUUUCCAACACAGUGCCUUAGAAAGUGAAGCCAAUUGUCACUCUCGAUUUGAAGAACAUAUGCGUGAAGUUCAUAAUCUAGGCGGUGGAAAUUUCUAA